AUCAUGAUCAUUAUUAAUCAAUACACCUUAGACGCAGUAUAACGAAAGGAGUCCAUCCAUCAUACUAAUUUCUUUAGGAAGCAUCAAAGUGGACAUACAGGAAAAUCAUGUGGAGAUGGAUGCAUCAGAUGCCCCCAUAUUUCCAUUGGAAUCUACAAAACCCACCACUGUCACAACAAGCAACGCCAAUGAUAACAUCAACGACAACGGCACAACCCUCAGCCCCUCCGACUCCUCUUCUACCACCGCAACCCCCACCUCCUCCCCCGCCACCGAUUCCUUUGAAAUUAGCAGCUGCAGAUGGAGGUGACUCGGAGGAGACGACUAGUAUCUUCCAGCGACUGGAAUUCAUCAUCUCGAUAUCUGUGAUCUCUGCCGUGAUCAUCAUCCUGGUCGUCAUCGCUGUUGUCCUUGCCAUCGUGGCACGGCGACGGAAGCUCGAGGCGGAGAGGCGCACCAAGAGACUGCAGAUGAAGCGAGCUUCGUCUGCCCAUCGUUCCUUUCACAUGACAUGCCUACACAAUGAUAUGUACAGAUUCAAACCAGAUCCUGAAGAAAUCAAAUCCAAUACAAUAUGA